AUGGAGGGGCCAGCAGAGCUGGGCCCCGAGGCCGUGUUAGCCUUCCUCUCGGAACAUGGGGGACGAGCCCGGCAGGCCGAACUGGUGGACCACUUUAGGGGCGUCCUGGGCGGUGAGCCAGAGCAGCGCGCCCGUGCCCGCGCCCGUUUUAAGGAGCUGGUCAACGCCGUGGCCACAGUCCGCACAGAUCCCGCCGAUGGCGCCAAGUAUGUUUACCUCAAGAAGAGGUUCUGCUCCGGGUCCACGCCACCAGAGGCCGCGCCUCCCGGAGACCCGCCUCACAUCGAGGUGACCGCGGAGACUGAAGCCCCAGACCCCCCGACUGGGUCCGGGGAAAGCGGCCCGCGCCCAGAGGCAGCGGGCUCCGAGGCGGUGGACCCCGAGGCGCCCCCCGAGCAGGGCCGGGAGCCGAGCGAUCCCGAGCGCCCGAGCGCCGCUCCAGGGCAGCCUCCGAACAGCGGGGCCCGGAGGAAGAACUCCAGGCGCGGCGUCCAGGCCCUACCCCAGAUGCCUGUCCCGGGCCCCCGCGAGGACCUGGAUCCCCCCCCGCACGGCUGCGAGGAGGGGGACCCCAGCAGCUCCCUUGGAGGGCCCACCACCCCGAGAUCUGCCCGCCAGAACUUCCGGGACCUGGUGAUGGGCAGCUCCCCGCAACUGAAGAGGAGCGGGUGUCCUGGGGGCAGCAGCCCUGGAAGCUCCUCCGGGGGAGGUCGCGGCCGAGGCGGGGGCGACUCGGAUAGCGCGUCGGUGGCUUCGUCGUCCGCCGAGGAGGAGAGCAGUGGCGGCGGCUCAGUGACCCUGGACCCCCUGGAGCACGCCUGGAUGCUCUCGGCCUCGGACGGCAAGUGGGACAGCCUAGAAGGUCUGCUUACCUGCGAGCCCGGCCUCCUGACCAAGCGAGACUUCAUCACCGGCUUCACCUGUCUGCACUGGGCCGCCAAGCACGGCCGGCAAGAGCUCCUGGCCCUGCUGGUCAACUUCGCUAACAAACACCAGCUGCCGGUGAACAUCAACGCCCGGACGAGCGCCGGCUACACCGCCCUGCACUUGGCAGCUAUGCACGGACACGUGGAGGUAGUCAAGUUACUUGUGGGGGCCUACGACGCAGACGUGGACAUCAGGGACUACAGCGGGAAAAAGGCCUCUCAGUACCUGAGUCAGAGUAUCGCGGAGGAGAUUAAGAACCUGGUGGGAGCCCUGGAUGACGAUGAUGGGGAGAGCGCUGCUGGUAGCGGGGGUGGACGUUGGAGACUUUCAAAGGUGCUCCCGUCGCACCUUAUCACCUAUAAACUCUCUCAUGUCUUGGAGGAUGCGGGGGAUCAUCACCACCAUCAUCACCAUCUCCACUUGGCUGAGGGAUGGGCUGGAGGCAAAGCAAAGGAUCCCGGUCGCAAAGCCUCUGGCAGCUCUAGUGGGCGGAUAAAACCCAGACUCAACAAAAUCCGCUUCAGAACCCAGAUCAUCCACACCACACCCACUUUCAGGGACCCAGAGCAGCCGCUGGAGGAAGGGGAAGAGGAGGAGGAACGAUCUCUUAAAGGCCACUCAUCCUCAUUCAAAUUAAGACCGAAGUCCAAUGUGUUUGGGUAA